GGCAAGAAAAAGGUGAAGCUGUGGGUCAUCCAGUGCGUGUUGUGCGUGUGUGGCUUGAUAGGAGGAAAGCUAGGAAAGGGAAAGAGAGAAAAUAGGUGUCUUUUUGUGAGGAUUUUGAGUGGAGGGAUAGAGUUGUUUGUUGGAGUUGGAAAAGGGGAUUCUUUAUAAAGGUCUUAUCUUUCUUAAUAAUCAUUGAUUUUUAGUAGCCAUUUGUGGUAUCUCUCUCUCUCUCUCUCGAUAAGUGUGAGGAAUGAAUGGUGCUGUUGAUCUUGAUUCAGAAGAUUCUGAGUUUGUAGAAGUUGAUCCCACUGGGAGAUAUGGAAGGUAUGAUGAGAUUCUUGGGAAAGGGGCUUCAAAGACUGUCUAUAGAGCUUUUGAUGAGUAUGAAGGGAUAGAAGUAGCUUGGAACCAAGUUAAGCUAUAUGAUUUUCUGCAGAGCUCUGAAGAUCUUGAGAGGCUGUAUUGUGAAAUACACCUUCUCAAGACUCUAAAACACAAGAACAUCAUGAAGCUAUGCACUUCAUGGGUCGAUACGGCUAACAGAAACAUCAAUUUUGUGACUGAAAUGUUCACUUCUGGCACCCUUAGACAGUAUAGGUUGAAACAUAAGAGGGUGAAUAUUCGAGCUAUAAAGCAUUGGUGCAGGCAGAUUUUGCAAGGCCUUCUCUAUCUCCAUAGCCACGAUCCGCCUGUGAUCCACAGAGACCUCAAAUGCGACAACAUCUUCAUCAACGGGAACCAAGGCGAGGUCAAGAUUGGCGACCUUGGCCUUGCUGCUAUCCUCAGGAAACCGCAUGCUGCCCGUUGUGUAGGGACACCGGAGUUCAUGGCUCCUGAGGUUUAUGAGGAGGAAUACAACGAACUAGUUGACAUUUACUCGUUUGGAAUGUGCAUUCUGGAAAUGGUGACAUUCGAGUAUCCAUAUAGCGAGUGUACUAACCCGGCUCAAAUUUAUAAGAAAGUGGUCUCUGGGAAGAAACCCGAUGCUCUGUACAUGGUAAAGGAUGCUGAGGUUCGUAGAUUUGUUGAGAAAUGCCUAGCAACGGUCUUUGACAGGUUGUCUGCGUGGGAGCUUCUCAACGAUCCCUUCCUCCAGAUAGAGGACUAUGUUUAUGAUCUGAUGCCUCCGAUAGGUUACCAGAGGGAGUACGAUGAAUUAGGCCUGAUUUUGAGCCAGCAGCAUCUGUUGAGUGCUCAUCACAGCACCAACAGCUCUCUAGUCAAUGGAUACAACAACUUUCUUGGCUAUGAACCAGAGAAUGACCUAGACUGCAACUCGGUGGAGUAUGAGGGCAACGAGAUUGAUCUGUUCACCAGCCUGGAAGACGGCCAUGUGGGAAACAACGUAGACGUGGUGAUCAAAGGGAGGAGGACAGAGGACGACAGCAUCUUUCUCCGACUGAGGAUCGCAGACAAAGAAGGGCCCGUUCGCAACAUCUACUUCCCGUUUGACACUGAGACGGACACAGCCCUGUGUGUGGCGACUGAGAUGGUGGCGGAGCUGGACAUCACGGACCAGGACGUGACUGAGAUUGCAAAGAUGAUAGAUGGUGAGAUCGCCUCGUUGGUGCCCGAGUGGAGGAGUGGGGUUGGCUUUGAGGACAACAAGGCCAUAAACUGCUGUCACAUCUGCACCACCUCUGAUGCUGAGGGUUACUCCUUGCACGGCCCAAAACACGGAUGUGGGGCUGUGCACGGCCAUUUUGAGGAGAUCACGUACCCGUUUGAAGGGAACGAGCAGCAGCAGCACAGCCUAGAAGUAAGCUCUGAUGAGCACAACGACUUCGGAGAUUAAAUGUGAACAAACAAUGCAAGAAAGAUCGCGGCUUGUCAUUGGUCUCCACCAAGGCCGGAACAAGGGGAGGGUGGUUAUGGGCCUGCGUAAGAAGCCUUGUAGUCUGUUGCAGCGCAUGUCCUAGCCCGUUGCUCCCUCAGUCGAGGCAACGGGUAUGUAAAGCUCGUCGUAUACAGUGAGUUAUGAUAGUUUUAGUGCAGCUGUGUAGGUUGUGAAGGUGAGUUGAAGAAGAUGAGUACAUGUACAUUUUACUAACUGAUGUAGUAUAACAAAAAAAGUUCAUGCUUCAGAUUUGGUUUUGAUAUAUUUAUCUUCAUUUUCUUGAUAUGAAAUUUGAUGUAUUGUUUUUGGAUGUA